AUGGCCGCCUCGCCGGCGCCGGCGCCGCCGCCCUCGCCCUCGGGCGCCCCGCUGGCCUUCGCCGGCUCCAGCGAGCGGGACGUGGCGCUGGCCAAGUCCUUCUGGAACUCGGUCACCCUGCAGCCGCCGCUCGAGUCCCGCCUGGACCCGCGCCGCGGCUCGGUCUGCAGCUGCUUGCGGAGGAGCUCGGAGGCCACCGCCACGGCGGGUACCCGCGGCGGCGGCCCGGCGGGGCGGGGCGGGGCGGGGCGGGGCGGGGGGCGCGCGGCGGAGCCCCUCCCGCGGGCAGGGGGCUCGGAGCCCGGGGGGCUCGCGCGGGGCCGGCAGCCGCGCCGCCGAGCGCGCCCGCUUCCCCGCCCCGCGUUUCGCGUUUCGCGUUUCGCGUGGCUGGCGGAGCGCGGGGGAGGCGGAGGGCUCCCCGGCCGCGCCCCCUCCGCUCGGCCGGCGGGGAGAUGCUGCGCCGGUGCUGAGCGCGCGCAGAGGCGGCGCGCGGCGGGACAGGAAUGGCGGGCCGCGCAGCCCCCUCCGGAGGUUCCUGCUGCUUCGCCUCCUUUCCCUUUCCGGCCCGUUUCCCCUUCGCCUUCGAAGAGGCCCGCGGCCAGGGUCUGCGUCCCCGGGCAAGCGGAACUUGCUGCAACAUUUUUUCUUUUUUUAGGGACAGCCAUCCCUUCUGCUGCAUCCUCAGCGAAUGACCACAGAGAAGAAGACCGACCCUCGGAAACUGAGAAAGAUGGAUGGAAAGGGCAAUGCCUUGAGAAGGCUAAAAAAAGAGAAGAAAUAAUUGCCUUACUGAAAAAACAAAGGGAAGAGAGGAUCUUGAAAGAGAUGCUAUCUCGUCCGCAUAAGCCAAAGGGCAAAACGCAGCAAAGUUCCAGAAAGGAGAAGGAAGAAUCAUCUGACCUAGAGGAUGAAGAAAGUGUAAAGGCUUUGCCUUGAGGAUUUUGAUCAGGGUCACCAGCAUAGAAUUGGAAGGCCUGUUUGUACUCUGAGCCAUCCUAUCCUUGGUUUUGACAACGGUUUUGACUCAUGAUUGAUGUAGCCCCCCCACCCACUUCAGCCCAUGGGCUUCCCCAUGUGUUUGACUGACUCUCUCUCUGGAGGGCUGGAAUGACCUUUCUGGCACCAAAAACCUCAUGGGUUUUACCCCCCCCCCCCAUGCAAGAAAUCUACUAAGGGAUGUUCAAUGCAUUAAACAAGUUUUGGCCCACCAGCCUGUGUGCUGAAAUGUGA